AAAACUAUCAUUUAAUCUGCUGUAUUUGAUUUGCAAUUUAGCCAGCCACUAGCUAGGGAGUGGUUAAUAAUUAAAAGAUCAUCCAUGGCGGCGGCGGCGCCUUAUUAUCAGCAUUACCGGUCUCCGUUCGGCGACACCACCCAAACCAAGGUCUUCGUCGGCGGUCUCGCUUGGGAGACUCCGGCCGACGUAAUGCGCCGAUACUUCGACCAGUUCGGUGACAUUCUCGAGGCCGUCAUCAUCACCGACAAGAACACCGGCAAAUCCAAGGGCUACGGCUUCGUAACGUUUCGUGAGCCAGAGUCGGCUCGGAGGGCUUGCGAGAACCCGAACCCGGUCAUCGACGGCCGCAAGGCCAAUUGCAACAUUGCCUCCCUCGGACGCCCUAGGCCUUCUCCCUCUCCUCCUCCUCCUCGGGGAGGAAGAGGUCAAGGAGGGAGUGGAUAUGGUCAAGGAGGGGCAGCACAUGGGGGUGGGGGUGGUUUACCAUCUUCUUCUUCUUCUUCUACAUACAGUGGAGUGGCAGCGCCAUUACCUCCGCCGCCCCCACCACCACCACCUCUUGUUUAUCCACCCUACGGGUUUGCUGCCUACCCACCAGACUAUGCUUACCACCAAAGUUUUUACAGUCCACAAUUCCAGCAAACAGCGGCACAGUAUUACCCCUACCACCACCACCACCACCAUGUGUAUGGAAGUUCAUCACCAUCACCAUCGUCAUCAUCAUCAGGCAUGAUGGGAUCUCCGUUAUACGGUGGUGGGUAUGGGUAUUCAAGAGGAGCCAUUUCUCCUACAACGCAACGUUUCCAUGGUGGGCCGCCGCCGCCUCCGUCCUACAUUUACUACCCAACAACCGCUCCCACCCCUCCUCACAUGGAUGCCGCCGCGUCCCCCUUCUCCGCCGCCGCUCCCCCCUUCCUCCAACCUGUCCCAAGGCGUUCCUUUUCUUCACCCUCAGAGACGACACAGACUCCGCAACAAGCAGAAACAACGACGGAGGUUGGGGGUGUCAUUACCACCUCGGAGAGCCCAAACACAUAAUUACAUUACAUUAAUCCUCCAACAAAUCUACUGUACAAUCAUUAACGUACAAAAUUUAAGCCAUCAAAAAAUAUCUUUUUUUUAUUAAAUUUAUUUUUCAUAAGGGGUCUGCCAUAGGCUCUCAAUGCUAUUCUUCAUCAUCUGGAUCGGAUCUUACCAGCAACCAAAUGCAUGCCCAAUUCUUUUUCUUCUUCUUUUUUAAUGUUUUGGGUUUUUAGCUCUUAUAAUUACAUCCCCCCCCCCACCACAAUUUUCUAAAAGAAAAUUCUUGGCUCAGCUCAUUUAUUUUUUUCCCCCUUAAUUUAAUCACUACUAGUCCAUGUGUUCUUGGCUCAUUUCUUUUAAUAAUGCCCCAUGGUGGACUAUUAGACCAUAUGUUAUGGUGGACUUGACGAGAACUUGACGGGUUUUGAUGAGGUGCCAUGCAGGCGUCUCGCAAGUGAUUGGGCGACUAUCUUUUCAUUAUUCGAGUAGUGAAUAAUCCUCCUAUAUACAAUGCUAAGAGGAGCUUAUGAACAGUGUUCCCGCCACUUUCACCAACUGCUUUUGGGCCGGUUUCGGGCCAAGUCUUUGUGGGCCAAAAUUUGGGCCAAUUUUCUAGGCCUGCGUUGGCAGCUACUUCUUUAGGUGGGCGGCUCCAUAAAAUAAAUUUAUGAUACUUUAUGGAGCAAUGUGCCAAAUCAAGCUUUAGGUCAAAUCAAUUAAAUAAUUAGGGGUGAGUAUUGGUGGCUAUGUAAAAAGUAGGAUGUAAAAAAGUACUUUUUUUAAAAAAGUCAUCAUUUAGCACGCUUUAUAAUGCUAAUACAGCUGGCCUAAUUAAUGAAAUUGUGCCUUUUGAGACUUGGCACAUUCCUACAUGCAAUAUUUCUUGGGCAUUGCAUAUGUAGAGAUCUCCAAAUCUUUAGAAUCCUGUGUCAAGCGUUUCCCUCCAAAAUUUCUCUUUAAAUACCGAUUUUGCACCACCUGUCCAUGAGUGUGUAACCUACAAUUUAAGUUCAGUUUGGUAUCAAUGCAAGACAAUCAAAAAAUGUGAGCUUUGAUGAAAUUCCUCUUCUUUCGUGCAUUUUUUAGGAUACUUCCUGUUUGCAAAAAUGUUCUUUAAGCCUUUUUAUACCAUACCAUUUACCGAGUACAAUGUUGUAUUAAACACAUGAAUUUUUU